AUGGCAGCGUCAGUCACACAUGUCAAAGAUCGGGAUGCCCAGCCCAAAGUCCCCGGCGAUGCCCGCAGUACAAAAAGUACUGUGCUUGAAACGGGGGCAGCAUUGACCCAGGACUUCUCUCCGCUGCAAAAUGUGUGCGCCCACCUCAACGCUUUCCACGUCUACGCCUCUGACCCCCGGCGUAUCGUCGAGACCAACCACUAUUGCGGGCACCUCACCGAAGAUGUCCGUCAAUGCUUACUCUACGACAGCCCAUCGCCAGGCGCGCGUCUGAUCGGCAUCGAGUACAUGAUCAAGCCGCAUUUAUACGAAUCACUCCCGCAAGAGGAACGUCGACUCUGGCAUAGCCACGUCUUUGAAGUGAAGUCGGGCAUGCUCGUCAUGCCGCAGCCAUCUGCGUUCGUGCCACAGGGCGCUUGGGAGAAGGCCGAGACGGCCGAGAUGGAAGAGGUGAUCAAGUUGUACGGGAAGGUGUACCAUUUGUGGCAGGUUGAUCGCGGGGAUAGGCUGCCGCUGGGCGAACCGCAACUCAUGACCAGCAUCACGGCCGCCGACCAGGUUCCGGGACUGGCAGAAAGGAUGGAUCACAGAGAUAAAGGGUUCUCGGGAUGCGAUUGGAGGGCGAAGCAAGAGGCGAGGAAAGGGAUCGGUGAGCCCGAGGUACAUCCGGAUGCGGAUUACACCUGGAAAACACGGGAUUAA